AGGGCGCACCCUCGUUGGACUCACUCACAUCCCUUUGCGUGUCAGUUCCUACCGUUGGAAAGCCAAAACGAACAUGUCUGCCGACAAGAGCGCCCUCGACAAGUCACCCGAGGAGGUGAAGGACUACCUCAGCAAGGACGCUUUUAGCGAGUUCCGCACCACGCUGGACCCCAGUAAUACCCGUGCCCGUCACGGACUUCUCCCUAAAGACUUCCAAACCACCGACAAUGAGCAUGAGCGUCGCAUCAACGACUACAUCCACCAGCACAGCACCUGGCGCCAGAACGUGUACGUUCUCCGAAGCUACGAGUACUGGAAGCUGCGGGCCGACUACUACCCCUACAUCCGCCGCAGCGAUGAGAAGGACAACUUCUUCCUGCGCGGCAUCACCUGCCACCCCCGCCUGUCGGACUACCCCAUGUGCAAGUCGGUGAUUCGCGACUACUUCGUCUGUCGUGAUCGCAACCCGGUGCUGCAGAUCUUUAACACCUGCGCCCCGCUGAAGGAGCAGUUUUGCGCCUGCAUCAACGAGGUGUUCGUGAAGAACCACGAGCGGGGAGACAAGAAGUUCAACGCCAACCGCGAGGAGUUCUUUGACGAGCAGCGGUCGAAGCGCUUCACGAAGCUGCUGAACCAAGUAGAGGAGUCGGUGGAGGCCAAGACGAAACUGCAGGACUAG